UCCUCAAAUCCCCUUGUACCAGUUUCUUUCCCUUUUGUUUUCUUUUUUACCUGCAUUUUCUUUUUCUCCAUUCCUCCUCUUCCUGGACGAAGCGCCAUCGCCGACGAAAGACCAUUACGAAAACCUCAGUCCGCCGAUUUCUGAGAUUUAUCGGAUCUGGCCUGUAAGGGUCAUUGAUUGCUAGAUGAAUCUUUUUUCAUCAUCGCGAAACUCUUCAUUUAUGCAUGGAGUCUUCACCGCCGUUCGAUGCCCCAUUAUGAUUAGAAAUUCCGCCGCCAUUAUCAACUCAGGUCAGCUCCUCGUCGUCAUUGAAUUCAGGCUUAGACUGACAUUUGCACUCACGCCUAAGUUCUUCACAUCAACUGCUUCUCUUCCUCAAAGCCUUUCUGUAGAACAUGAUAUUUCCGCCCAGCUCUUCUCCAUUCUCUCUCGCCCUAAUUGGCAGAAGCAACCUUCUCUGAAAAAUCUAAUCCCUUCUAUUGCUCCCUCCCAUAUUUCUGCCCUUUUCGCCCUCAAUCUCGAUCCACAAACUGCUCUUGCGUUUUUCAAUUGGAUCGGGCAGAAGCAUGGAUUCAAACACAAUAUUCAAUCCUAUAUUUCUAUGUUAAAUAUCCUUGUUCCCAAUGGGUACCACCACGUUGCUGAAAAGAUGCGAAUUUUAAUGAUCAAGUCUACGGAUUCCUCAGAGAAUGCGCUGUUCCUGUUAGAAAUACUGCGGAGUAUGAACCGCCGGGGGGAUAAUUUCAAAUUUAAGCUCACUCUUAGGUGCUAUAACAUGCUCUUGAUGUUGUUGUCGAGGUUUCUCAUGAUUGAUGAAAUGAAAAGUGUUUAUUUAGAGAUGUUGGAUGACAUGGUUACACCAAAUAUAUAUACCCUCAACACAAUGGUAAAUGGAUAUUGUAAAUUGGGUCGUGUAGUUGAAGCUGAGUUGUAUGUCAGUAAGAUAGUGCAAGCCGGUUUGAGUUUGGAUACAUUUACUUAUACGUCUUUGAUAUUAGGAUAUUGUAGGAAUAAGAAUGUAGAUGCUGCAUAUAAAACUUUUCUAUCAAUGCCGAGUAAGGGUUGCCGCAGAAAUGAGGUUUCUUAUACCAAUCUGAUUCAUGGAUUUUGUGAAGCCAGGAGGAUUGAUGAAGCUCUUAAAUUGUUUUCACAAAUGCAUGAGGAUAAUUGUUGGCCUACUGUGCGUACCUAUACAAUUAUCAUAUGUGCUUUGUGUCAAUUGGGCAGGAAAACAGAAGCAUUUAAUAUGUUCAAGGAGAUGACUGAGAAGGGUUGUGAGCCAAAUGUACAUACCUAUACGGUCCUUAUUCAUAGAUUAUGUGAGGACAACAAUUUUGAUGAUGCCAAGAAAAUGCUAAAUGGGAUGCUUGAGAAAGGAUUGAUUCCAAGUGUAGUCACGUACAAUGCCUUAAUUGAUGGUUAUUGCAAGAAAGGAUUGAGUAUGAGUGCCUUGGAAAUUUUGAGCCUGAUGGAAUCAAAUAAUUGUAGCCCAAAUGCUCGCACUUAUAAUGAAUUGAUAUUGGGGUUUUGCAGGGCAAAGAAUAUCCACAAGGCCAUGUCAAUACUUCAUAAAAUGCUUGAGCGGAAACUUCAACCAGAUGUAGUUACCUACAAUCUAUUAAUCCAUGGACAGUGCAAAGAAGGGCAUCUGGGUAGUGCUUAUAAGCUGCUUAGUUUGAUGAAUGAAAGUGGUUUGGUUCCUGAUGAGUGGACUUACAGUGUCUUCAUAGAUACACUCUGUAAAAGAGGGCAGGUUGAAGAAGCUCAUUCUCUCUUUGACUCUCUAAAGGAGAAAGGCAUAAAGGCAAAUGAAGUAAUAUACAGUACUUUGAUUGAUGGCUAUUGCAAGGUUGGAAAAGUCAGUGAUGGUCAUUCCUUGCUUGAUAAAAUGGUUAGUGCUGGAUGUGUUCCAAAUUCAAUUACUUAUAAUUCCUUGAUUGAUGGAUAUUGCAAAGAGAAAAAUUUUCAAGAAGCUCUUUUACUUGUGGAAAUAAUGAUAAAGAGGGAUAUUAUGCCUGCUGCUGAUACUUACACCAUUCUUAUAGAAAAUUUGUUAAAAAAUGGUGAGUUUGACCGUGCUCAUGAUAUGUUUGAUCAAAUGCUUUCCACAGGUUCUCAUCCUGAUGUAUUUAUAUAUACUGCAUUUGUUCAUGCAUAUUGUAGCCAGGGUAGACUAAAAGACGCAGAGGUUUUAAUUUAUAAAAUGAAUGAAAAAGGAAUAUUGCCAGACACUCUGCUUUAUUCAUUAUUGAUCGAUGCGUAUGGACGGUUUGGAUCAAUUGAUGGUGCUUUUGAUACUCUGAAGCGCAUGAAUGAUGUUGGUUGUGAGCCAUCUUACUACACAUAUUCUUAUUUAAUCAAACAUCUCUCAAAUUCAAAGCCUAAAGAAGUAAUUAGCAGUUUAGAGUUGAGUGAGUUGUCAUCGGGGGUUGCCUCCAAUGAUUUUUCCAACUUUUGGAGGAGAGUAGAUUAUGAAUUCGCUUUGGAGUUAUUUGGAAAAAUGUUCAAGCAUGGGUGUGCACCUAAUGCUAAUACUUAUGGCAAGUUUAUUACAGGUCUUUGCAAGGUUGGAUGCUUGGAAGUAGCUCACAGGUUGUUUGAUCAUAUGAAAGAAAAGGGACUAUCACCUAAUGAAGACAUUUAUAACUCUCUUCUUGGUUGUUCUUGUCAAUUGGGAUUGUAUGGAAAAUCAACGAGGUGGUUAGAUAUCAUGAUAGAGAAUGGGCAUUUACCACAUUUAGAUUCUUGCAAGCUGUUGCUUUGUGGUCUAUAUGAAGAAGGAAAUAAUGAGAAAGCAAAAACAGUGUUUUAUCGUUUACUUCAGUGUGGGUAUAAUUAUGACGAAAUGGCUUGGAAAGUACUAAUUGAUGGCUUACUUAAGAAGGGCCUUGUUGAUAAAUGCUCUGAACUAUUUGGCAUCAUGGAGACACAAGGUUGCCAAAUUCAUCCUAAGACAUAUAGUAUGUUGAUCGAGGGAUUUGAUGGUAUUGAGGGAUUUGAUGGUAAUCGGGAUAUUGAUUAAUCAUUUACAGUUCAAGGAGGACAACCCUAUUUUCUUUCAGUGGCAUAUUGAUGAAUGCAAAUUCGUUACCCACUUGCCCACUAGAUAAUUUAUCACCUUUGCAACUAACUUCUCUUCUGAUUGAAGGUUGAUGUUGCUUCGUGAAGGGUGCACGUUUGGAUUUUUUGAGUGGGUACCAUAUUAUGGGAAAUUGCGCCUGAAUGAGUAAAACUUCAGCAAUGAUGGGAAG